UAUUUGCAUAUAUUUAAACCACUCCUAAACAACCUUAUGAGUCAUUAGAGACAUAAAAAAGAUACGGGGCAGAUGAAGGAAAUGCCUCGUGAUUGGUGGUCUCGAUAUGCUGAUCAAGGGAAACCGUACCUCGGGGUUCUUUUCCUACAACUGGGAUACGCUUUUAACGGUAUUAUAGUAAAGAAUGCUUUAAACAAGGGCUUGAAUCCUUGCACAUUUUCUGUUCAACGAAAUAUUGCUGCAGUCGUCGUUUUUGGCCCUUUCGCUCUGUACUUUGAAAGGAAACUGAGACCGCAGAUGACACUGUCUGUGUUCUUGAAGAUAAUGUUGCUUGCACAACUAGAGCCUGUUUUGGACCAAAUUCUGUAUUAUACAGGAAUGAAGUACACUACUGCCACAUUUGCCGUAGCAAUGUGUAACAUUCUCCCUGCCUUGACCUUUUUUAUGGCGUGGAUAUUCAGACUAGAGAAGGUGAACAUAAAAAGACUGCAUAGCCAAGCCAAGAUUGUAGGAACUCUUGUGACAGUAGGUGGCGCCAUGGUUAUGACCUUAGUCAAUGGACCCCCGAUCCCAUUGCCUUGGACCAAUGUGAGUAGCGUGCACCACCCUCUGACAACUUCUACAGUCUCUCAAGACCAACAUGUCAAGGGUGCAGUCAUGAUAACUGCUGGGUGUUUUUGUUGGGCCAGCUUUUACAUCCUUCAGGCUGUGACAUUGAAGGAAUAUCCUGCUCAAUUGUCUCUUACAACUCUCAUCUGUAUGAUGGGUGCUUUGCAAGGCACAGUGAUGACUUUCCUUAUUGAAAAAGGAAAACCCGGCAUUUGGUCUAUAAAAUGGGACACGAAACUAUUUGCAACCCUAUACAGUGGAAUAGUUCGAUCAGGGGCGAGCUACUAUAUUUCAGGUCUAGUGAUGAAGGAAAAGGGACCCUUUUUUGUAACAGCCUUCAAUCCUCUAGGGAUGGUGAUUGUUGCGAUUGUUAGCUCAUUUACUUUAGCUGAAGAAAUACACUUGGGAAGGGUUGUUGGAGCGAUGGUCAUUGUUAUCGGGCUAUACUUAAUCAUAUGGGGUAAAAGCAAGGAUGCAAGUUUGUCAGACUCGAGAAACAACGAGAUAGAAGUGGCUACUCAAGAAACUAUCCCUGAUAAGAAUUUAAAUGGCAUUCAGAAGUUCGACUUUGUUGACGGUGUGAUUAGAAAAGACCUUGAUGUUGAGGCUUCGGUCUGAUUCUUUUUAUUCAAACCUGAAGAGAAAUUGAUUGAUGAACAUUUACACAUUAGU